UGUCUGGUUUGUUUUGGGGCCUCGCAGGUCUGCCUUUCGGGGGGCUCCGGGGUGAGGUGCCAGGAUGGCGAUGGGCGAGCAGCUGCUGCGCAUCCUGGAUGAUCUGACCAAGGAGGAGUUUGAGAAGUUCAAGUUUUACCUGCCCCAUGGGGGCACGGCUCCCCACAUACGCCGCGGGAAGCUGGACGGCGCCUCCCACAUCCAGGUGGCUGCGCUGCUGAUGCAGACGUACCCCCAGGAAGCGCUAGACAUCACCAACCAGGUGCUGCGCAAGAUCCCAAGGCUGGACCUGGUCCAGAGCGGCCAGCUCCAGACAGGAGGAGAAACUGGGAACAGCGGCAACGAUGCAAAUCACAGUGAGGCUGCAAAUAGCAGCGCCAGGGCAGGUGAGCCACAGGCCUAUGAGAGGCAGAGUCUGGUUUCAGAGCAGCAGCUGAUGAAGCUGGCAGGGAAAAUGGGCAAGACCUGGAGGCAGAUCGGCAUUGAGUUCCUGGGCCUGGAGAAUCACUGUCUGGAGCAGAUCGAGGAGAACAAUCCCGGCAACACCAAACUGCGAGCUUUCAGCAUGCUCUUGGAGUGGAGGAAACGAGCGAAGCAGGAUGCCACCGUCAUCCAUCUUUGCACCAUUCUCUCCCAGGACGAUGUGCCCCUCCAGCCCGAAGCCCUCGACUGCCUCCGGGACAAAUGCAGGGCCUAAGGAGAUCUGGGGGGCUUAGUCCAGGGCAGCGGGUCUCAACCAAGGGUCUGUGAGCAGGGCCAGCGUUAGCCACUCUGGGGCCCAGGGCAGGAAGCCAAAGACCUGCUGUGCCCUGCCUCCGGGGCUGAAGCCGAAGCCUGAGCAACGUAGGCUGGCGUGGGACCCCAGGCGCUGCCCUGCUUACUAGCCUCUAACACUAGCCUUGGCUUUUAUAUGCAGAAAAACAAUUGUUUUGGCACUGGUGGGCCAUGGAGUUUUUAUAGCAUUGGGUGGGGCGGGGGGAAUGGCACUCAGAAAGAAAAAGGUUGAGAACCCCAAGUCCAGGGGGUGGAGUGGCCUUGUGAUUAAAGGACUAGCAUGGUACUCUGGGGACCUUGAUUCAAUUGGCAGUGGUGCUUUAGUUUUGGGGUGUCUGAUUUAAGACACACACACACACACACCCAGGGCCUGACUUGCAGAGAGGCCGAGCACCCACCGCUCCUGUUGAUCUUAGCAGGAGUGGAGGGUGCUCAGAAACCAGGCCCUCAGUGGCACCCAGGAAUCAUUGGCCACUUUGGAAAAUGCUGGCCUCUGUCCUGUGCCUCGGUUUACCUACAUGUGCAAUGGGGAAAACCUGGCCAGAUUCUCUAAAGAACUCAGUGUCCAGCAGCUCCCAUUGCUCUACCCCAGCCAGGGAGGCCCUUGUGCGGGGGAGGGGGUUACUCAGGAGGCCGGAUGUACUUCCUUUCAAUCCACUUUCACUGCUAGCAGUCUCAAGUGCCACCGAGUCAGGCCCCAGAUAUGUAUCUGGUUGCUUCCCCCAUCCAGCCUACCACCAAUUGCUAGCUGGGGUGGGUCAGUCCAGCAGGGAGCCCAGAACAGCCCCAGGGAAUGGAUCCAGGCGUGGGGGCAGAAGGAGGGGGAGGAGACACCUGUGAUCUGGGGCAGCUAUAAAGUGGGAGACCCUGUGGUGGCUGGGCUGGGCUCUUCCCCACUCACAGGGACAUCACUUGAAGAAGAACCUGGGGAUCCUUUCCCCCAGGCCUCUCCCUGGGGGAUCCACUCCCCCGAUCUCGCCUUGGGGUCUCGUCUAGGCAGCUCUUUUUUAAAGACCGUUUUUACCAAGAAGCACAAUUGAAGCCUUUUUGUACUUGCAAAGAAAUAAACGUCCUCAAAGCCAGCACGGCUCAGACCCUGCUUCUCACAGAUUAUUAUCACAGCACGACCCCACGUGGUUGGAUUUCAUCCCAGCCCCGGUGCAGAGCCCUGCAAGAGGGGCAGAAAGCUGCCUUGCUCUGGGGCUACUUGGCUCCACUACUGGCCAGGGCAGACUAAUAAUAGCUAGAGCCCUGCAGCAGGACUGGGAUCCCGCAGAACCCACUGUCAUCACAGUGGGAGCAGGUAAAAUGUACUUGGUUGUGGGCAGAAUUGGGUGAGCAAAAAAACAGACUGUGGUAAUUUGUGGGAAAACAAAAUGCAAGUUUAGCUGCACCUGCUGUUUAAAUUGACCUUAUCAGUCACUUAGCUUGAGCCUCUUUUUAAAAUUUCAAAAACCUAGAGCGGUGAGCAGUUUUGCUGCUAAAUGUUUUUCAGAAAGCAAGAGUAAUCCUGACAUAUAAGUAACUUGAAUGGUUUGUUUCAAAUUUCUCAAAUCGGUGCUUAAGCUGGUUAAAACAUUCCAGGUUUUUAAACAACUUUUUAAUAAUGAUUAAAAAAAAUCUGCAUCUUUUAAGGCAAAAUUGUGGUGCAAUUUGUUUUGACCCUAUAUGUGAUAUACACGACAGCUGUUUGUCAUAAAUAGAAUGUCAGCAAUGUAAAGCAAGUUGUUGGUUUUUUUACAAAAAAAAUAAAGGUUUUAAUACUUAAAUUUAA